AUGACAUUACCAGGUGCGAGCGCAAAAAAGGGCGGCAGUAGCGGAGACGGGAACUCAAACAAUGACUCUCCUAGCAGUGGUGGUGGUAGCGGCGGCAGCGGCGGCGGCGGCUCUUCAUCAGACGACUCUUCCUCUGGCGGCUCUUCAACCGGCGACGAGGGUUGCGGGAUACCCGCUAUCCCACCAGUCUGGAAAUGGGACCUGAUCCCCUUUCACGCCACAAACAACACCGGAAUGAAGGGCGUCGGCUUGGGCUACGGCGGGUCAUUCUUCAAGGGUGAGGCGUCGCUAAAGUACGUCGUCACGGCAGGUCAAAGAUGCCGUCCGGGCGACUUGCAAACAAGCCACAUGCUCGGCUAUGCCUGGAUCGGCCCGCAGCCGUCGUAUCCAGCUAGUCCAACCAACUCUAUCAUCAUAGGGUUCAAAGCGUGGGAAACAGACAAGUCGCUUGACAACAUUGGCGACUCGUACGCGUACAUCAAAAAAGACCAAUUCUGUCCCAAGAAACCAGAUCUGUUUCGCGUCACGACGACGCACGGGUGGUCCAAUUUCUCCACGCGCACUACGCAGGCUGCCGACUUUAUGAACAUGACCCUCGCAGAAAGUGCUGCCAACUCGGACCAGGCGCUGUUCAACGCAACAAUGAUGGACGAGCUCAACUUCAAGCCUACAGACGACGGGCUGUUGCUGAUACUACCCAAACGGGCGUGCUCAGACUCCCGAGAACAUACUUUUCGACUUCCAGAUCAGUUGACCAUGAAUGGAUCCUUCACCAACACGACGCUCAACUUGGCGCUGUCAGGACGAGGCAACGCAACAAGCUCCAGCAUCCGCGACAACGAAAUCACUGCCGAGUUUGAGAUUACUUUUACGGGGGUGUUUGACGCUGCCAACUCGACACACAAAAUCAGCGUGCAACCGCAGAGCCAGCCGCUAGUCACUUGGGUGCAGAGUUUUGGCUUGCGUGCGACGGCGUUGCGGUGGAGCAGCAGUUUUGUCUAUAUUGCAGCAGCUCUCUUGUUCAUAGCGACCAUGGCCACCGGCCAGGAACAACGGAAAAGGCUGAGCCGCAAGCCUGCAAGCCCAGCUGCAACCGAACUUGGCCAUGACGAUGGACGUAGACUAGUCUUGGCGAGCCGCGAGAUGCUUCCAAAAGGUCACAAGAGCUCAUCGCGAGAUGCGGCUAAAGGACUAUUUAUUCGCGAAAUGGCUGGCAUAGAUGUCGGCGUUGAAAUAGGACUUUGGGAGGUCAAUGUCGAUACAGCAGGGUUACAGUACCAGCCUCGACGCUGUCUAUCUCGCUGA